ACAUUAUCGAUUCUUGAAUUUAAUAAAUUUUAAGACGUAUGAUAGUCGGAAAAAGAAAAAGAAAAAGAUAGACGAUUCGAGUCAAACAAUGUCCAAAUUGAUACAUUCGCUGUCGAAACACAAGUUGAUAAUAGCGACAUUGACUGGCGUGACUAUUGGAAUAUCGUGCGGUCUGAGUCUUAAGAAUUAUUACAGCGGUGGAACAUGGUCUCAGCGAGAUAUCAUGUACCUCAAAUUUCCUGGAGAGAUGUUUCUCAGAAUGGUGAACUGUUUAAUAUUGCCGCUUGUCACGUCCAGUAUUGUAAGUGCCACUUGUAAUCUCACCAGAUCUGGACCUAUUGGAUUGAUGGCAUUGUGCUAUUAUCUAAUGACCACUACGAUUGGAAUAACUUUAUGUGUCAUACUUGUUGAGAAUAUUCGACCGGGUGAAUUAAUAAGAAACGAAGGAGCUCAGGUCGUAUCAACGUCCACAAAAACCUUUAUGACAGUGGACACAAUUUUAGAUCUAAUUCGUAAUCUCCUUCCCGAUAAUUUAGUACAUGCAUGCAUGUAUCAGUAUCAAACCGUUCUGGAACAGCCAGCCAAUGCGUCAGUGCCGAUAGAAGAGUGGCCCAUAACGAGCGAAUAUGUGGCAGGAACAAAUGUUUUGGGCUUAGUAUUUUACAGUCUGGUAAUAGGUUUAGCAAUCGGAAAGAUAGGCGCAACAGGAAAGCCGCUGUCAGACUUUUUUAAUUCCUUAGCCGAGAUCAUGAUGAAAAUUAUGAAAUGGGUAACACUGAUGGCACCAGUAGGUGUGUUAUUUCUUAUCGCUGGCCGAAUACUGGAAAUAGAUGAUUUUGGCGAUGUAAUGAGCCAUCUCGGAUUUUACAUUUUAACAGUAUUUACUGGACUAAUACUACAGGGUUUUGUAAUCCUGCCCCUCCUUUACUGGAUCAUCAUGCGUAAAUCGCCGUAUAAAAUUAUAUCCAAACUUGGCCCAACUUUUGCAACAGCCAUCGGAACGUCGUCGAGCACCGCCACGGUUCCCUACACAUUAAGAUGUUUAGAAGAGCUGGGCAUAAAUCCCAAAAUAACAAAGUUCAUUAUACCGAUUGGAGCAGCAAUAAAUCUGGACGGGAUAGCCCUGUACGAAACUGUCGGGGCGAUAUUUAUUAUACAAUUACGUGGGCUGCAGUUCUCUUUGUUGAGGAUAAUAAUUAUCAGUAUUACAUGUACAGUAUCCUGCGUGGGAGCUGCCGGCAUACCCAGUGGUGGCUAUAUGAUGUUAAUAAUGGUGUUAAAUUCUAUAGGAGUACCCGUUGAAGAUGUCACAUUGAUUAUCGCCGUCGACUGGUUUAUUGACCGUUUCAGAACGACAAUCAACAUUAUAGGCGACGCGUUCGGUGCAAGCAUCAUAUCUCAUUUUUGCGAAAAAGAUCUGGAAGAGGAUCUGGAAAACGAGAUGUGCCCGCUGGAAACAAACGCUUCGGAUACGCUUAUGAAAGUACAUUCUAAUAAGGAAAAUUAAAACAGUGAUUUUUAAUG